AUGGUUUCUCACGGCGAAGAAGUUGCUUUCAAGUUAUCGGAUUAUUGUGUUCUCAAGAUUGUCAAAGGAGACAUCACUAAUUGGUCCGUCGAUGGUUCCUCCGAUGCUAUUGUUAAUCCAGCAAAUGGGCGAAUGUUAGGUGGUAAUGGUGCAGAUGGAGCUAUUCAUGAUGCUGCUGGGCCACAGCUGAGAGCAGCAUGUUAUGAAGUACCUGAAGUUUGUCCCGGAAUCCGUUGUCCGACCGGAGAAGCUAGAAUUACGCCGGGUUUUAACUUGCCUGCAUCUCAUGUGAUUCACACGGUCGGACCGAUUUAUAAUGCCGAGAAGAAUCCUAAGAAACUACUAGAGAAUGCUUACAAGAACAGUCUGAGAGUGGCUAAGGAGAAUAACAUUCGGUACAUUGCAUUUACUGCAAUAUCUUGCGGUAUCUUCAGGUAUCCUUUGGAUGAAGCUGCUUCGAUAGCUAUCGCCACGGUUAAGCAAUUUAGUAAAGAUUUUAAAGAGGUGCAUUUUGUUAUGUUUAGCGACGAUAGCUACACAAUGUGGCUGAACAAGGCAAAGGAUUUGCCUCCUCCACCACAAGGCCGUGACUUCUCCUCUUCGCCGACAACAACCAAAAGAGGAUUCUUCAUGAAAUUUUGGCGAAGACUUAAAAUGAGACGACGACUCUGGUUGACCUGUGGAGUGGGAAGCAUACACUCGAACUCGAUCCGCAGAUCAAAUUCGACUCCGGCGAGAGUUUCUCCGAUCUCGGCCACUUUUGCCGUCAGUAAAUUCCACACGGCGGCGUUACGGUUUCGGAGCGAGCUGAUUACCGCUUCAUCUUCGUCGUCGUUUCUCUCUUCUCCGGCGAAGAGUUCUCGAGUUGUAACAACUGUUUCAUCUAUGGCUUCUGGAGACGAAGGAGCUGUUUUCAAUUUGUCUGAUUCAAAUGUUCUUAAGAUCCUUAAAGGAGAUAUCACCAAGUGGUCCGUCGAUGGAUCUUCCGAUGCUAUUGUAACAAUACAUAGAGCAGCUGGUCCAGAACUUAGAGCAGCAUGUUAUCAAGUACCAGAAGUUCGUCCUGGAGUCCGUUGUCCAACCGGUGAAGCAAGAAUUACUCCGGGUUUUAGCUUGCCUGCAUCCCGUGUGAUUCACAGUGUUGGACCUAUCUAUGACUCAGAUGUUAACCCGAAAAAAUCCCUCGCAAAUUCUUACAGAAAUAGUCUGAGAGUGGCCAAGGAAAACAAUAUCAAGUACAUUGCAUUUCCUGCCAUAUCUUGUGGGAUUUACGGAUAUCCUUUUGAUGAAGCUGCUGUGAUCGGUAUAUCAGCGAUCAAAGAGUUCGCCAAUGACUUUAAAGAGGUGCAUUUUGUUUUGUUUGCGGACGAUAUUUAUAGCGUGUGGGUAAACAAAGCAAAGGAGGUACUACAAAAAGCUUAA